AUGUCUUCGAAAGAUGAGGAGGACGCUGAGCCCGAAAGUUUGGAAGAGGCAGGCAUUUUGGAAGCCGACGUUGGGGCUAGAUUCGAUCAACAGCUGGCCAAUAUCGACCCAAAGCUAAAAAUUGACAUGGACCCGAUGGCACACCGUGAUCUUCGCCCAGAAAUGAUGUUCAUCAGAGAGGAGUUACGACAAGCUAAAGGACAAACGUUAGCGGUUCGUCGCACCGCGUUGAAGAAAUUGCUCUUGAAGGAUUUCUUGCAAGAAGAAUGCGAGCUGAGAAACAUCGGCCUGUCUUACACACCGCCUGAUCCUUAA